AGCCAACACGGUCUUAAUCGCAGAGGUCGGUUUUCCUUUGUUCUUUAUAUCUUCGUUUUCAUUUCCAUUCCCUACUCUGAUUUUCAUCUUCCAAUUUUCUUAUAAUUCAAUUUCAAUGGAGUCUUGUUCCGUUUCCCAUCACCAAAUUCUCAACCUCCCGCUCACGCGCCUCCGCUCCUCCGCUUCGCUUACCGUCGUUUCCUCCGCUAUCCAGCUGCCGUGCCUUUUUUUCUCCCGCCCCAAUCACACGCAAUUUUCACUCAUUUCAUGGCCUCGCCGCUCAUCCUCUGCUGUCUCCGCCGCUACUGGCUCCACCUUGAUGGCCAAUUCAGUACCGCCAGUAAGUGGAGUGUACACAGUUGGUGAUUUUAUGACAAGGAAAGACGACCUACGUGUGGUAAAACCAUAUACAACGGUUAACGAAGCUUUGGAAACUCUCGUGGAGCACAGAAUUACUGGCUUUCCUGUGGUUGAUGAUGAUUGGAAACUGGUCGGUCUUGUAUCAGAUUAUGACUUGCUGGCAUUGGACUCAAUAUCUGGUGGUGGAAUAACCGAUAACAGCAUGUUUCCUGAGGUCGACAGAACUUGGAAAACUUUUAAUGAGGUGCAAAAGUUACUCAGUAAAACCAAUGGGAAGCUUGUUGGUGACUUGAUGACCCCGGCUCCAGUUGUUGUUCGUGAAACGACUAACCUUGAAGAUGCUGCAAGAUUAUUGCUCGAGACAAAAUAUCGUAGACUUCCAGUUGUAGACUCUGAGGGCAAGCUGGUCGGAAUUAUCACAAGAGGAAAUGUCGUAAGAGCUGCACUUCAAAUAAAACGUGAUCACGAAGGGAUUGAGUAGUCUCAAGAUACUCGUCCUAGGAAUUGAAGCAGUCAGAUGUGAGAAACCGAAUCAAUCCGUUUCCAUCGGAUCGAUUAGUUCAGCGAUCGGAUGAACUCGGAUGUGUAAAAUUUUGGGUUAUUAUGUAUUACACCUCACUUUUGAUGUUCUCAGUACAGUAGUAGUGGGAAGAGAUGAUUAGGAUUAAAGUAAUUUCAUAGGGACCAGUACUUCCUGUUGAUCCCUCCAUUCUCAGUACCACUACCAACUACUUGUUCUUCCCAUUUAAUUAUCCCUUAAAAGGGCAGAGACAAUAAUUGGGAAAAGGAAAAGCUGAUAUAUAUAUAUAGUUGGAUGGAAAUGCCUGUAACGUUAUUUAGUGAGCAUUUAUGACUCUUGCACUGUUGCAGAAUGGAGACUCCAAGUGUUUUAUA